AUGUAUAAUAAAAAUAGGCGACAGGUAAACGAUCAAAAGUCUUCAGCACAAUCAUCAUCAUCAUACCUUCAGAACAUUGAACAACAAUUGGCAUCACAGCAACGGAAAACAGCACAUAGAAGAAUUGUUGAUCAUGGGAACAUCGUGGGUAGAUGGACAUUGCAAAGAACCAUGGGUAUAAGGAAGCAAAGAUUGGGGAAAGUUAGGCCUGAAGCAUCAUUCUUAAUAGAUUUACUACCUCCAGCAGCUUACAAAGAUGAGUUUCCCAUCCUUGAUAUGCAAACAAAGUUUAUCCAUUUGAGUGCUAACAAGGCAAAACAUGCAAUUAAUACUGUUGCCUGGACACCAGAAGGGCGAAGAUUAAUCAGUGCAAACUAUGCUGGGGAAUUUACUCUAUGGAAUGGAAUGACCUUCAAUUUUGAAACUAUUAUGCAAGCUCAUGAUACCUCAAUUCACGCCUUGAAAUAUUCACAUAAUGACGACUGGUUGAUCUCUGGGGAUCAGGAGGGAGUGAUUAAAUUUUGGCAGCCCAAUUUUAACAAUGUUAAUAUCGUCAAAGGUCAUGUGGAUGCCGUUCGUGAUCUUGCAUUCUCUCCAAAUGACUCUAGAUUUGUUAGUUGUUCAGAUGAUAGAUUCUUGAAAAUUUGGAAUUUCAACACUGGUGAAGAGGAAAGAGCUCUUAAAGGUCACAAUUGGGAUGUCAAGUGUUGUGAUUGGCAUCCUAACUUGGGGUUGAUUGUCAGUGGCUCUAAAGAUAAUUUACUCAAAUUGUGGGACCCAAGGUCUCCUACCGCUGUUAAUACAAUUUUGGGUUUCAAGCACAAUAUCGUCAAGACAAAGUUCCAACCAAAUGGUACACAAAGAUUAAUUGCUAGUGUUUCUAAAGAUAGGUCUUGUAGAAUCUUUGAUAUCAGAGCUAUGAAGGACAUGCUUAUUAUCAGAAGUCAUGAAGCAGACCUAUCUUCGGUGGCAUGGAACCCCGUUCAUUCUUCAAUGGUUUCAACUGGUGGAUAUGAUGGGUCAAUAAACCAUUACUUCAUUAAUUCACAUCAGUUUGAAGCAAGCUUAACGGAAUCAGUCUCCAGUAGCAAGAAUGGAAACGCUGGAAACAAAGAUUCUACUGGUGAUGAAGCUGGUAAUGAUAACAUGGCUAUGAAUAAUAAAACCUUUUACCAAGCUCCAUCUAUAGAACCGACUCAUACUAUCCCAUACGCACAUGAAAAGGGCAUUAACUGUUUGGAAUAUCAUCCGUUAGGCCAUGUUCUUUGCUCUGCCGGGGCUGAUAGGUCUGCUAGAUUCUGGUGUCGUUCCAGACCGAAUGAUCCACAUGCAUUUAAUGAUGAGUUAUACACCAACAACAAAAUUGGUGCAUGGCAUUAUGCUAUCAACAAUAAUGUUAAUGCUGUUAGGAAUGCUGAUGACAAACCAGCCUUCACCAACGUUACAGGUCAAAAGCUAUUUGGGAAUAAUAACAACAAUAAUGGGAAGAAUAAUACUAAUAGCAUGAAUAUUAAUAGCAACGAAAAUGACCAGAGCAACAAUAAUAAUACUUACAACAAUAACAACAACAACAACAGCAGCAGCAGUAAUCUUUCAGGUGGUCCUCAAGAAAAUGACAAUAUACAAAUGAAUCAAGAUAAUUUGAACAAUACUGGUGAUCCCCGUCGAUAUAAUAGCAACAACAGACCAAUGUCGUCUCUUCCUGGUCUUGGACGGAGAAGAGCAUAG